ACCGUCUCGCUUUGUGGACCCAGUCGUUCAUAACUUUCGUGGACAAUACCGGCACAUACAAAUUUUUCUUGUGCCAAAACAAUUGUGAACCCGCCAAGUGUAAUAGACAAGUGGCUAGAACAAACAAUAAUUAAAACAGAGUGUCAAACAUUUUCUGGACGCGUAGCAAGAAAAGUGCCAUGAACAGUUGCCACGGCGAGCCGAAGACGAAAUCUAUCGCCCGCCAUGAGGAAAAAUGGGCAACGCACACGUCGGUCACAGUGGAAACAGCAAGAAAACGGCCGACAAAGAUGUAGUGAAAAACGAUGACGACAUCGUUACUGCAAUCCAAGAGUCAACGCAGUUUCCGGCUGCCAAAACGGCGAUGGCUUCCGUCGCUGAGUUGACGGACCUUCAAAAGACAUUGCUUCAAGACAGCUGGAAACGUCUUGAAAAGGAUAUUGCCCAAGUUGGAAUCAUCGUGUUUAUCAAUUUGUUCGAAAGCCAUCCGGAUAUGCAGUCAGUCUUCUUGCCGUUUACCGGUCUCGUCCUUGAUGAUUUAAAGAAAAGCAAGCUUCUCUCGGAACACGCUCUCAGAGUCAUGGGUGCUGUGCAACGGGCCGUCCAUCGUUUGGACGAACCCGAGAAGUUACACGCCUUCCUAUCCGAUUUGGGCCGCAGGCAUGAUAAAAACGGAGCUAAAUUGGAGUACAUUGACUACAUUGGGCCACAGUUCUUGUCUGCCAUUCGACCGAUUUUGGGAGACGAUUGGACACCAGAGGCGGAAGCAUCGUGGACGUUGUUACUCGGCUACAUGAUCGCCACGAUGAAACAGGCUUUGCUGGAAGCGCGCAAUGCUUCCGCUUCAGAGGCUUUGAAACCGAUGAGACUGCCUCCUUCGUCAUCUUCGUCUUCAGCAACUGCCACAAAUGAUUGAUAAAUUUUCUUUGUUUUUUUUUCUCUAUGACAUCUCUGCUAACGAACAACUAGAACCCCCAAAAAAUGGGGGGGGGGGAGGGAGAGUCGUUUUAUCUCAUUAAAAGCAUCAAUUCUAGGAAAAAUUAUAAAAGGACGUAGGAAGCGGAUGAGAAUUGGGGACAUAAUCCGGAGACAAAGAAAUGGAAAGUGCAUGAGCCGUAGGAUUCUUUGCUAACGAUAUCAUGCAAUUGACACAUUCAUGUUUGAAAUCACGAGACUACUCGACACUCGGCCAAGUUCAAUGUUUCCUAAUGUUCAAUUCCGUCGUGUUCCUUCAUAGCUCAAAAAGACAAAAAAAAAAUGAGAAUGGAAAAUUUCACUAUAUUGUGAUAUUAAUAAGAGCUAGCUUAUAGAAUGUUUGAAGCAAAUGUUUUAAUCUUUCGUAUUCUGUGUAUGGUGUUAAUGUGUUUACGGUUUCCUUGAUGUCAUUUUAUUUAAUUUUCUCGCAUCUCAUACGCUUAUUAUGGAAAACAGCAAACGUAUGUUUGUAACGUUUACACCUAUUUUGGCCUGCUCCUAACUCUGUUGGAAAAGAGAAAAAAAGAAUUAUACGUAAGCUA